AUGGCGGCGAUGGCGAAUCUCGCUAACACCAUGGAAGCUAAUGCUGCUGCGACUCUGCAAGCAGUGCAGAGAUUGGGCCAACCGAUUGGGAAUGGAAACGGAAAUGGGAAUGGCAAAGGGAAUACCAAUGAUAAUGCUGAGGGUAAUGGCGAUAACACAGGAGGAGUUCCGAUGACCUUGGCGACGUUCCUCAAGGUUCAUCCGCCAACUUUCCGAGGAUCCACAGAUCCUAUUGAAGCAGACCACUGGUUCCAGGCUAUGGAGCGUGCUUUACAGGCGCAGCAUGUUCCUCUCAAUCAAUAUGUAGAGUUUGCCGCUUAUCAGCUAGCGGGAGAGGCCCAGCCUUGGUGGCAAGCUGAGUGUCGUUUGCUACAGCUUCAGAACACCGACAUUCCAUGGGAGGUGUUCCAAAUGGCUUUCUAUAAGAAAUACUUUUCUGAAUCUGCAAGGGAAGCAAAGGAGAUGGAGCUAAUGCAGCUGAAGCAAGGUUCCAUGUCUGUGGCAGAGUACACCAAUAAGUUCGAAGAGCUUUAUCCGUGUCUUCUCCGACUUGGUGAACAAAGCAAGGGUAGUGGAGGAGUAUGCCAAGACAGUGGCGGCAUCUAA